CUCUCUCUCUCUAAGGAAGACGAUUGAAUCGCUUUUGAUCCUUAUCUGGGCGAAUCCCUAAUUCUUCAACCUCGACACCCUAUUCUUCCCUUUCCACAUUCCCCUCCUCUGCUUUUUCCGUCUCCCUCGAAUCUGUUCCUCCACUCGUCUUCUGCACUGGCACCGUAAGCCCUCUUUCCCGUUCCGUACAAUCUCCUCUGUUAUGAUAUCUGUGCUUGUGGAAAACGUGUGGUCUCUCCUGAUCGAGCGCGAAGAACCGUUCUUGGCAUCUGGGUCUGGCUGCGUCAGGGCUCUGCACGCGGGCAUCGACGCUGGAGAGCUAGUUUGCUCGUGGGUUCGGGAGGAAAAGGUCUUUCGGCUAUCUGGGUUCGUCUGGGUCUGAGUUUUGAUUGAGUCGGUGUGAGGCGUCUGGAGCGCGAAGAAUCGUUUUUUGGCUUCUGGGUCUGGCUGCAUCGGGGCUCGGCACGCGUGGGUCGAUGCUGGAGAGCUGGGUGAGUCGUGGUAUUUGGAAGGGAGGGUCUUCCCCCUAUCUGGGUCUGUCUGGGUCUGAGUUUUGAUUAAGUGGGUUCGUGUUGUCUGGUGCUUUUUUGUGUUCGGAUACCCGGAUUGGGUGGGUUUCUGUUUCUGCAAGAAAGGUAAGAGCCUGAAGUUAGAUAUCAUGUCCAGUCUCUGUUAGAAGCACUGGUGAUUAGGUGUUGAGUUGGGGAGAGCGAGGAUGAAGAGAGGGAAAGAUGAUGACAAGAUCAUGGGGCCCAUGUUCCCGAGGUUACAUGUGAAUGAUACAGAGAAAGGAGGGCCAAGAGCACCUCCGAGGAACAAGAUGGCCCUUUACGAGCAGCUCAGCAUACCUUCUCAAAGGUUUGGCUCGGGGAUGUUGCCUCUCAAUCCCAAUAAUAGCAGCAAUUUGGUUUCUCCAGCAUCUUCGAACCAGGGGACUGGAUCUGCCCGGAACUUGUAUUUCCCACGUCAUUUGCCUCCUUCAACUCCAACUCAUCUUUCUGAGAGAUUGAAUGCUGGCAAGUCGGGCGGCACUAGUCCAGCUAAUUCGCUGGCACGAGUGGAACAGAGAAAAAAUGCUGGUGAUGGAGAUGAUUUUAUGGUUCCCGUAUAUGUUCAGUCAGGAACAGGUCAAGGUAAAAACAAGAAUAGUAAGGCUGGGGAUAAUGCUACAAAUUAUACAGCGAAGAUGCAAAGCUCCUGCAGUGAUGAUCCAAGAAGAUCUAGCUCAGUAGGUCUCAGUUCAAGACAAGAAUCAAACUUAGACGGUUCUAUAAGAUCCUAUAGGAACAUAGCCACUGCAGAGAAUGGUCGUAGAUCAUUGAAGGAAGCUGAUGCACCUCGAAAUCCGGUUCUAGCAAGUUUUAGCACAUCCCGUGGUACAGAUGCACAACUACGACAGGGAAAUGAAGAUGGGUCACAAUCAGAUGAGCAUGCACAAGAUUUCGAAAAUGAAGAAACUUCGAGAGACAUUGAGAAGGGAAUAUCUUCCUGGUCAAGCCGUGAUCCUCGUUUGGGAGAAACCCAAAGAUGUCCACCUGAGCCUAAUAGCUUUGGUAAGGAAAACUUAAAUGAAACAUGUGGCGCGUUGCUCAUGGUUGACGCUGGCAGGAAUGACGAUGCAUCCGAAGUCUCCAUUGCAGAUUCAGUGUCAGGCUUUGAUAUCUCUCCUGAUGAUGUUGUGGGGAUUAUAGGUCAAAAACAUUUCUGGAAGGCCAGGAGAGCAAUUGUCAAUCAACAGAGAGUGUUUGCAGUUCAAGUCUUUGAGUUGCAUAGAUUGAUAAAGGUACAGAAGUUGAUCGCUGGGUCACCACAUCUUCUGAUUGAGGAUGUUUCUGGCUUAGGCAAAACUUCUUUAGUCAACUCUCCUGCGAAGAAAUUUUCCGAGGACCAUAAUGGUGGAUAUCCAUCACAAACUACAAACCACAAAGAGGAGCAGGAGAAGCCUGGCCACCAGAUGGAGUGUUCUGCAGAGAAUGCAGUCGGGAAGACAUCAAUUUCUUCUGUCAAAAGUGCCAAUCAGCUUUCAGAUUAUGGGCCUGGUAUGAGAAACCCACCUCUUGCACCCAUUGUGCCUGAUGUGAAAAUGGGCCCAUGGGGUUACCCUCAGCCAUCGGGGCAGCAAUGGUUGAUCCCUGUCAUGUCUCCUUCAGAGGGGCUUGUUUACAAGCCCUAUCCUGUGCCUGGAUUGACGGGAACAGCUUGUGGAGGAUGUGGGCCAUACAACUCUUCUCCAAUGAUGGCGAACAUCCCAAACCCUGCCUAUGGAGUUCCACUGCAUCCUCAUCACCAAGGAUUUGGGUUCCCUUCGGGUGUUCCUCCACCUGGCCAUAGUUAUUUCCCCACGUACGGUAUGCCCGUCAUGAGCUUCAACGUUUCGGGUUCAUCUGUAGAACAAACGAACCGGUUUUCCCGACCUGUCCAAUACGGUCAAACGGGCCAAUUAUCUGGAGGGGAAGUUAACAAUCUGCAGCAUCAGAAUUCAUCUAACUUACCUAAGCAGAGAAAAGGAUCAGUUGCUCAGAUCAAAUUCCAAGCCAAUAAAGACAGUGAGUUGCAGGUGAGCACGGCAAGCAGUCCUAGCGAGAAACCACCAGAGGGACUUGGGAAUGUCCAAUCCUCAGACGGAAAAGAAGCACUCCCACUUUUUCCAGUUGCUCCAGCGGUUUCUGAAGGGGGAUCUCAGCUUCGCGAGGCGGAGCAGCCUACAAGGGUUAUUAGAAGUGUGCCUCACAACGCUAGAUCUGCAACAGAGUCUGUGGCUCGAAUAUUCAGGUCUAUACAAGAAGAGAGGAAACAGUUCGACUCCAUUUAGGGGCUCGGCUGACUAUGUUUGUCUCUCAUAAAGUCAUAAACUCGGAAACUCAUUUGAGUUCUGAGCGUGAGAGCUUCUGUAUUUGUGUUAUAUUCGUCUUUUGGUCCUUAUAGAUUGGUCUGUAAAUUAGGUUAUCCUAUGUGGAAGUUCAUAACCGGAUUAUAUUUGUCAUCUCGGUGUAAGUUGCUAGAGGUGUCUUUUGGUAAGGUAAAUUUUGUUCCAGUGAAUCGGUGCCUAUAUAUCACUACAGUGUAACUUCCAAUCGAAUAGCCAUCUUGUGUUUUGCCUGUUGUAUCAGUAAUUUUAUCAUUCCUUGUCUUUAUCAAGGGAGUUGAGCUC